AUGCGCGACAGAGGCACGAAAGCUCGGGUUGACGGCACUAUAACGAAAAUUCGCCUUGAAUGUGACAGGAUCGAGACCCUCAGCGUUGCCAGUCACCCUAAGCAAAUACGUGCUCAGUUAUACCACAGCGAUCCUUCUGAUAUCACUCUGGCCUCUGAUAUUAAGAACUACCGGUAUAAACUGAAGCUGCUACGCCUUGGCGGCCUUACACCCAUUCAGCGGAUGGUGAAGGAGUUUCAGGACAGUUAUGAAUGGGUUUACGACUACAAGCUGGAUACUAAGGAUGGAGAGGGCCCUGCUCCGGCCCAUCUCGUGUUCUGGGCACAUAAGCGUUCACUGAAGCUCCAGCAGCGCUGGAGCCAAGUUAUCAUGCUCGACUGCACGUAUAACUCGAACCUUGAGGGUACUCCACUACUUCACAUCGUCGGCAAGACCCCUUCAGGACGUUCUUUCGUUAUUGGGUACUGCCUAAUAGCAAGAGAGGGCGCUGCUGAAUGGCAUAUUGCCAAGAAUGUCAGUAUAAGGAUCGAUCAGGCGUGGGCACACGGCGCAGAGGAGACUGCUGAAGAAGGUGUUGAUAUCGAUAUCGCCCGGGACGACUGUAAGAAGCGUUUCUUCGAGUUAUCUAUAGCCCGUAGCGUAGCUGAAUGGGACGAGCGUUGGGCCGCCUUUCAGGACGACUACGCCGAGCAGGGAGCCCUGAUCGACUAUGUUCGCAACCAGUGGGUGCCCCUGAAGGAGCAGUGGUGCCAGUAUUACAUCAGUAGCAGAGGGUUCUCACGCUCGUAUCAAGUCCUUUUUUAG